UUUAUUGUGCAGCUGCUUUAUUCCCGAGGUCUGUUAAUUGACCUUCUCAUUAAGUCAAAUGUUAGCAGAUAUGCGGAGUUUAAAAAUGCCACGCGAGUUCUUGCCUUUCAAGAAGGAAAAGUGGAACAGGUACCUUGUUCUAGAGCAGAUGUCUUCAAUAGCAGACAGCUCACUAUGGUGGAAAAGAGAUUGCUGAUGAAAUUUUUGACAUUUUGUCUGGAGUAUGAGCAACACCCUGAGGAAUACCAAGAUUACGAGAGUAGACCCUUUGCUCAGUUCUUGGGAACGCAGAAGCUGACACCCAGCUUGCAGCACUUCAUUCUUCACUCCAUCGCGAUGGUGUCGGAGGCUGAUUGCAGCACCCUGGAUGGGCUCCAGGCAACCAGGAAGUUCCUCCAGUGCCUCGGCCGCUACGGCAACACGCCGUUCUUGUUUCCUCUCUAUGGCCAAGGAGAGAUUCCACAGUGUUUCUGCAGGAUGUGUGCUGUGUUUGGGGGUAUCUAUUGUCUUCGCCAUUCUGUGCAGUGCCUUGUAGUGGACAAAGAAUCUGGACGAUGCAAAGCUGUCCUAGAUCAUUUUGGACAAAGAAUAAGUGCCAACUAUUUUGUUGUGGAAGAUAGUUUCCUUUCAGAGAGCACAUGUAAAAAUGUGUGUUACAGGCAGAUCUCCAGAGCAGUGCUCAUUACAGAUCAGUCCAUACUAAAAACAGAUUCAGAGCAGCAGGUUUCCAUUUUGAGAAUGCCUCCAGUGCAUAGAGGGCAGCCAGCCGUUUGCGUCAUUGAGUUGUGUUCCUCAACCAUGACGUGCAUGAAGGAUACCUAUCUAGUUCAUUUAACCUGUCCAUCAACUAAAACUGCUAGAGAAGAUUUAGAGCCUGUCGUGCAGAAGUUAUUCAAUCUAAAUGCUGAAAUGGAAAAAGAGACUGAAAAUGAAGAGGUGGACAAACCCAGAGUGCUCUGGGCUGUGUACUUCAACAUGAGAGACUCUUCAGGCAUCGACAGAAGUUCAUACGAUGGGUUGCCUGCAAACGUCCAUGUCUGUUCUGGACCUGACUCUGCCUUAGGAAACGACUGUGCUGUCAGACAGGCUGAGGCUAUUUUCCAAGAAAUGUUUCCUACAGAGGAAUUUUGCCCACCACCACCAAAUCCAGAAGAUACUGUGUAUGAGGAAGAGGAGCUUGUGUCCGAAGAUUCGGGGUUAAAUCAUGCAGCAGAGGCAAAACCUGAACCCUCACCUGAGGAAGGCAGCAGUGAGGGGGGUGCUGCCCUUGAGCCAGAAUACAGUGAGGGAUGA